AUGGGUCACCAGCAGCUGUACUGGAGCGAUCUGAGGAAAUCUGGCCAGGGUUCUCGUUCUUGCCGUGUCUGCUCAAGCCGGCACGGUCUGAUCCGGAAAUAUGGCCUCAUUAUGUGCCGCCAGCGUUUCCGUCAAUAUGCGAAGGAUGUAGGCUUCAUUAAGUUGGAUUAA